CGUGACUGUGACUGAUAAAGAGAGAAAAGAGCAGCAAGUAUUACUGCCUCAGACUCGGCCUGUACCAGCUGCUGAGUUCACUAGGGCAGGGAGUAAAACUCAGUUUGUCUUGACAAGGGUUUAGAACAGCUCCUCCGUUCGAAAUAACUUACUUGAUUUUUGUACAUGUACGUAACAUGUACUUUGGCACAAUGCAGUUCAUAAUACACGUUGGAAGCAGUGCUAGUUAGUGCUCACAGGGCCUAGGGGCAAUGCUACCUGCCUCGGUAGCAGCCGCUGCAGGCAAGCGAAUAGCCGUGGCCCUGUCGGGUGGUGUAGAUUCCACAGUCACUGCGUUGCUGCUCAAGCAGAAAGGCUACAAUCUCCUUGGGGUCUAUAUGCGCAACUGGGAUGAAAGAGACGAAAGUGGGCAUUGCCAUGGCGACGAAGAGUGGAAUCAAGUGAAGAGCGUUUGCAAUCGCCUGGAUAUAGACUGUGUACAAGUGAACUUUGUGCGGGAAUACUGGACAAAUGUGUUUGAACAGUUGUUGGAUGGGUACAGACGCGGAAUGACGCCGAAUCCAGACAUUCUGUGUAACCGCGAAAUCAAAUUCUCGGCACUACUCAAUCACUGCCAGGAGAAGCUGGGUGCAGAGUAUUUGGCUACUGGGCACUAUGCCCAGCUGCGCAUUGACCCGGACGGGGAUGGCAAAGAAGUACAGCUGUUGAAAGGUGUUGACCCGAGCCGUGACCAGACGUACUUUCUGGCGUCGGUGCGGCAAAGCGCUCUGCGCCGCGCAAUGUUCCCUCUGGGCGGUAUGAUGAAGCGCAGUGUGUUCGAGCUCGCACGCGCGCACGGCUUUGAAGACAUUGCAGCGCUGCGCGAGAGCCGCGGCCUGUGCUUCAUCGGCAAGCGGAAGUUUGCCUACUUCCUCUCCAACUACAUAGAGCAUAAACCCGGCCCGGUGAAGCUGACGUGUGGUAAAGUGAUCGGUGAGCACCCUGGCGUGCAUACCGUCACCCGUGGCCAACAAGCUAUACUGAAGUAUACCAACCUCAGCUACCAGGGUACAUACUUCGUUAAUCGGCGCGAUCCCACGACGAAUACCGUGCACGUCGUGCCGGACUCGCGGCACCCAGCUCUGUACAGCAGCGAUUACGUCAUGUCCUGGCCGCUGUGGACGGCCAGCGGCAUGCCGGCUUGCCUGCGCGAUCCGCACGGAGUGCUUUCCGGCUUGACCCUGGAGCCGAAGAUGGCGCCGGAGAAUGUGACGAGGAACGCGGCCAUGCGCCGCUUCAGCCACAGUCACCUUGCCGGUAAUGGCAGUCGUCAUAGCGAUGACGUCCUCGUGACAUGCAGUCACCCGAUUCGCGGUGUCGCCCCCGGCCAGUUCGGAGUCUUCUAUCAAGGCGACGUUUGUAUCGGCUGUGCUCAAAUCCGGGAAGCACUCCCCAUGGAUGAGGGCGAUCUGACGCUAUGACGCCUAAACGCGUUUUAAAAAAUUGCAUGUUCCAUCACACACCAGAAAUAUAAAAAACAACGAUAUUAUUUCGAAACAGAGGUACCCACUCCGGAAAAGAUAGAGGAAUCGUGUGUUGUUCCGUACGUUAGUGCUCACGCUUUCCCUGUUGAUACGGUGGUGAUAUUUAUUUCGGUAUUUCCGCUGGCAAAGGAAACUUCGGCUGUGCUGUCGGCAUGGUACAACCAACUUCGUUCUUCCCCAGAACUAAAAUCAUAAUCUCCUUUUCGAAUACUCUCUUUCUCUCUCUCUCUCUCUCUCUGUCUCUCUCUCUCUUUCUCUCUCUCUCUCUCUCUCUCUCUCUCUCUCUCUCUCUCUCUCUCUCUCUCUGUCUCUCUCUCUCUCUCUCUCUCUCUCUCUCUCUCUCUCUCUCUCUCUUUUAGAUUUUUUAAAGUGCCUCACCGUGACAUUAAAUUGUAUAUUUAUUCCCCAGGAAAACAGAAGCCAUAUGACCAGUCAGUUAUGCUAUGGCUGUAUACCGGCAGACUGUAAUGUUUAGACGGCGCUCACAGCCGUUUCCAGGUGAAAAAUGAAUGCGGAUUGACUACCCUAUGCAUAGUGUGUGCACCAGGCAGG